GAGAAGGCUCAGCCACUCGCCGCGCUGUGCAGUCGCUUCUCUCAGUUUGCCCAGCAGCUGGGUGUGAUGCAGGACGAGGCUCCAAAGGCCAAGCCCGUGCAGGAGCAUGUGUACACCCAGGGGCUGGCGCCAACGCAGCCGAAGCCCAUUUCUGGAGGUUUUCAGCAGCGUGUCAUGAUUGUGGAAGAGGAGCACAAGCCGGACCAGGAAGAGCAGCCAAUGGAUUUGUUUGGAGAGGAAGAUCAUGAUCUCCAGUCCUUCAGCGGCCCCUUCUGCCCUUUCUUUGAGAGUGGCAGCUGUCAGGAUGGUGACGAGUGCCAGUUCUCGCAUGAGCGGCCAGCUGGUUUGGAAGCCA